CGACGUCAUUCACGCCUGUUUCAAGUCCUCAAGCCCUGACAAUCCUGCUUGAAAGACACAACUUGGUGGGGUUGAUGAUGCUUUGGUAUUCAUGAUGCCCUAUUAGUAUUAGUUGUGCAUGGGCUCUGGAUUUGAGAAGAGCACUGCACUUUUGGUACAGUACUCAUAUUGACUCUUUACUUUGUUAUUGCAUGGCAUUCAGGUAGGCUGGUCCUGUCCAUCGCUUUCAUUCAUCGUGCUUCGUGCACUCCACGAACAGCUUUCGCACAUAUCGCCUUUUUCACCAUGGCGACCAAUGAUGAAUUUGAACCGGACAGUCAUGAAAGAUCGUACCAGCAGCCUUACACUUCACGACAUCCCAUUCCUACUGUCCAGAAAUACAGAGCCGAGAGAAGUGAGCGGGAGGACAACCAAGAACAAGCCCAAGCGGCACAGCAGGAUGAAGGAGACGAAUCCACCCUGAAGAGAGCAUUCCAUGCCGCCAAAGGUGUAAUCAAACACGAAGACCCUCCACAAUCUAGCCACGACCCUUACAAGACGGAGAAUAGAAACGUUAUCGGCACUGGGCAGCCAACGAACGGCUCGAGACAAGAUGAACCAAAUGAUGAUGGAGCACGGCAACAAGGUCAACGUGAUGAACGGAGUCAGAAAAAGAGUCAAAACAAUGACAAGCCAGGUCAAUCAGCUACCGAGGCUGUCGCAGGCCAGACUGACCCUAGGCAGAAGAGAAAGGCUAUGAAGCACAGGAAGCAGGACGGAGGCAGAGAAGUUACUGAUCCGGUCACGCAUCUGCCCAUCAUCAUCAGGGAUUCGACACCCAAGGAUUUGCAGAAUGCAGGCUUGAAUAUACCAGCUUCAGGGACAGAGACGAGAACGAGGACCGGCAUGACUGGGGCCAGUAAGUCACAGGAUGAAUUGGAUGCGGAAAAGGACGAGCUGCAGCGGAAAUAUAACGGCAUGCAGAAGUUGUUCCCGCCGCCCAGCUUCGAGGACGUCAAGAAUGAGCUGGCGAGGACAUAUCGACUCGCUUUGGCAGUGGGUUUGGGAAGUGUGGUGCUCCUCGUCUCAUUGGCCAUGGCAAUUGUGCAGCUUGUCGACUUCGAUUUCUCUCACUCUCACUCUCGCAGCAGCAAGACCUCAAGUUCGAGCUUGGACUCAACAAGAUCAACAUCAACAUCAACCUGGUUCUCGAUCAUUCCUAUUGGUAUCAUCCUGAUGACUUCUGUUGGCAUUGGCGCUGGCGUGAUUUGGGUUGUUCAAGGCUGGUUGGGCAAGAGGGUCGAAGAUGUCUGGAAAGACGAAGUCUGGGAUGCAGCUAGGUCGGAAGAGCUUGAAGCCAACGAACAGGACGAUGUCAUCCCCGAGUCGGUGGCGUGGCUCAAUAAUCUACUUGCUGCGAUCUGGCCGCUCAUUAACCCGGACUUGUUCGCGUCUAUAUCGGACAUGCUCGAAGAUGUUAUGCAGGCUUCCCUGCCGAAAGUCGUGCGGAUGGUCAGUGUAGACGACCUUGGCCAAGGUAGCGAAGCAUUUCGCAUCCUCGGCAUCAACUGGUUACCAACAGGUGCUGCUAGCCAGACUGUUGGAGGUAAUGGCAAGUUAAAGUCCGCCAACGACCAGGGUCAGAGUGAUAGGCUUGCACCUGGUGACGGGCAGGACGAGGGCGCCGAUGACGAGGAUUCAGGCGAUGACUCCAACGACUCCAACGACAAGAAUCAGGAAACCAAACAAAAAGAACAAGAGCAGGAAGCUAUUCGUGAAGGCAUGGAAGCCGAGCAAGGUGACUUCGUCAACAUGGAGGUGGCAUUUGCAUAUCGAGCUCGAUCUUCAGGAAAGGCUUUGGAAGCAAAGGCGAAGAACGCACAUCUCUACCUCAAAUUCUACUUGCCUGGAGGCAUCGCCGUCCCUGUCUGGGUCGAGUUGAGAGGCAUCAUUGGCACUAUGCGAUUGCGGUUGCAGCUCACGCCGGAUCCGCCUUUCUUCAGCCUUUGCACGUUGACAUUCAUGGGACAGCCGCAGGCGGAUCUGUCCUGUGUGCCAUUGUCGAAACACGCACUCAACCUUAUGGACGUACCCAUGAUAUCUUCCUUUGUGCAGUCUUCCAUUGAUGCUGCUCUAGCCGAGUAUGUUGCUCCGAAGAGCUUGACUCUGGAUUUGAAGGAUAUGAUCGUGGGCGACGAUUUCAAGAAGGACACUAUUGCACGAGGUGUCGUCAUAGUCUAUAUCGAAUCUGCGAAAGACUUCAAAGAGGGCGAUGGUGGCUUCGGGCCGUUUGGAGGGUCAAGCGAUGCGUAUGUGACUGUUUCCUGGGGAAAGUUUGGUAAACCUGUGGCAUCGACAAGAGUUAUCGUGGAUGAUCAGAAACCGAGUUGGCACGAGUGGGCGAACAUCCUUGUCACGCCGGAAGAGCUUAAUGCGGACGAGAAACUGCAACUACAGCUCUGGGAUUCGGACAAGUAUACUGCAGACGACGAUCUGGGUCGAGUUGAAGUCGACCUGAAAGAGCUGAUGCACAGUCCGAAGACGAAAAACAGAAUGUGCGAAAGGGAAGACCGUUUCCAGGGCGAGGAUCCCGAUGAAAAAAUGCCGGGCACGUUGAAGUGGCGCGUAGGCUAUUUCUCGAAGAGCAAGAUCACUGGGGAACAACUUGCACGGCAGACUGCCGAUCCAGAUAUCAAGUCCCAUGAACAGCUGAAGGAGAAAGUCAACGAGACGGCGAAGAACAAACUACGUGAAGCAACUGCACACGAUGAGAGCAAGGAAAUCCAGCAGCAGGAACGCGAGGACUACAAGGAGCGGGAAGGCGCGAUGAUGAUCUCAAGUCCACCGCCGGACGAUUAUCUUAGUGGGGUUUUCAGCAUCCAGAUCCACAACAUUACAGGUCUGGAGGUGCAAUCGCUACAGAAGCGCGACAAGAAGCAUGGCGAUGGCGAUCGGGAAGAUGAAGCCGAACAGAGUGAUGACAUGCCGAGCAGCUACGCGACGAUCAUCUUGAAUCAUCAGAAGAUCUAUCGGACGAGAACUAAACCCAAGAAUGCGAAGCCUUUCUUCAACGCUGGAACUGAACGAUUUGUCUCGAAUUGGAAGACCGCAGAGGUCAUGAUUGCGGUACGCGAUGACCGUGAGCGGGAGAAUGAUGCUCUCCUGGGUAUGAUAUACCUGCCACUCCACAGAGUGUUUGAGAAGAAAAGCCAGGUCAUGCAGUCAUAUCCUCUUGUCGGUGGGAUGGGAUAUGGCAGAGCUCGAAUCAGCAUGGUUUGGAGAAGUGUGGAAUUGAAGCUGCCUAAGGAGUUGCUUGGUUGGAACUACGGAACUCUGGAGGUCAGAUGCCCGGUAAAAGCUAAGAGUGGCGCAUCAGACGGGGCCUUCAUGCAUAAUCGGAUCAAGUUGAGGACGAAUCUGAUGAAGGCAAAGAUGGCAGCUGCGGGAGAUAACAAUGAAGGGCUGUGGAAGCCUAAGCACGACAAAGAUUCCGUGUUUCUGGCCGUCCGCAAGCGCUAUUCGAGCCCGUUGAUUAUCGAGUUCCGCAGGACUGUCUUGGGUCCGGACCACACUUCUCAAUUCGGCGUGUUCUGGCUGAAGGAUAUCCCCGAUGAAGAGGAGACAACUGUGACGGUCAAAGUGUGGAAGGGUAGCAAAAAAGCGAUGCACCGCGCUACGACGAGCUAUGGAUACGACGGCGUCGAAGAUGGCGAACAUGCACUCGGCGAGAUCGAGCUGACGCUAUCGUUCUGGAGAGGGUUGAGUGGGUACCACAAAACCUUUGCGAAUAAGGGCGCCAACUCGGAUAUUCGAGAUACGAUGGAAGUGUUGGACACUGCGAACGAUGAACACCAAGUUUCUGACGACGAAGACGAGGAUGACAGCGACAGCGACUCGAAUUCGGAUUCGACUUCAGACACAACCGCGGCCUCGGAAAAGCAGGCGAAGCGAAAGAACAGAAAGCUGAAGACCCAUGUGAAUGAUGACUCGGAUGAGGCGGACAGUGAUACCGAGGAGACCGGGCACGGCAAGCUCGAUCCGACGCAGCUGGCGCAGAAGCCCUUUAAUGUGGUGAAGGAUGUAGCUGCCAAGGUGCUCGACGUGGAUGGACACAACGACGAGAACAACGGGUCAAGAGGUGUGAGGGCCCAGAUCAGAGACUACAAGGACCAUCGGAAGCAGUUGCACAGGAAGCACCGUGGGAUCAUGCAGUGGAGGGCGACGAGGACAGUGGGUUGGAUGGCGGACAAGGUGAAGCGUGGGAAGGGUCGGAUCGGCGAGGUGUUUGAGCAUGAUGAUGAUAAGAAAGGUGGUGGUGUUGAGACUGAAGUGUAAAGAUCGGCACGCCGGAAACGACAGAACCAUCGCCUGAACCGACCUAGUGAUGGGCGAAAGGCAGUGCUUCGGACGGUGCACGAUGAGUGCGUUUAUAAAGGCGUGCCAAUUCACAAGUGUUUUCGUACGGCGGUUUGCGAUCUACUUGGGCACUACUGCUUUCUGUUGCAAGGCGCGGCGGGAAAGGGAAAAAGGGAAAAAGGGAAAAAGGGACACAAGAGUAAUCUAAAAAUGUAAUACAUGUAAUCAAGGCAUUGUCGACUCCAUGGUCUUGUCUGGUGUGCAUGGCAGCAUAGCAGACUAUCGGGGAAAUAUGAGUCGGCACAUGAUGAUUAUUAUAUUAUAUUAGAUUUUUGACAACACCAA